UUCGGCGGAGCGGCCUGGCAUUUUUAAAUAUUCCCGUCGUUGGCCAAGUAGGACCGCCGCAGCUUUUCUAACAAUAAUGGGAGUGGAGUCAACGAGAAAAGCUUGCUUCUUCAUCUUCUUCUUCCUGCGUCACGCUACCUCAACUCCUCUCUUCCCCAAAGAAGCCCUCCCUACUAAAUCUGGCUACCUCUCAGUCAAUCCUGCCACCGAUUCUGCCGUUUUCUACACUUUCUACGAAGCCCAAACCCCCACUUCACCCCUUUCCGAAACCCCACUUCUUAUUUGGCUCCAAGGAGGCCCUGGCUGCUCCUCCAUGAUCGGUAACUUCUUCGAGCUAGGACCCUGGCGCGUUGUUUCUUCUUACAGUCAAAACGUGGAACACUUGUCUCUUGAGCCCAAUUCAGGUUCUUGGAAUCGCUUAUUUGGUCUCCUUUUUCUAGAUAAUCCUAUUGGAACAGGGUUUAGUAUAGCUUCAACGCCUCAAGAAAUUCCUAGGGACCAACUUUCUGUUGCUAAGCAUCUUUUCAUUGCAAUAACAAAGUUUAUCUCAUUAGACCCUUUGUUUAAGCAUCGUCCAAUUUACAUUACCGGGGAAAGCUAUGCAGGAAAAUAUGUUCCCGCAAUUGGAUAUUACAUAUUGAAGAAAAAUUCUCAAUUGGUAGCUUCAGAAAGAGUGAAUUUGAAAGGUGUUGCUAUAGGUGAUGGGUUCACGGACCCUGAAACUCAGGUUGCUACUCAUGCUGUUAAUGCUUAUUAUUCCGGUUUGAUCAAUGAGAGGCAAAAACAUGAACUAGAGGAAGCACAAUGGGAGGCAAUUAAGUUGGUUAAGGUGCGGAAUUGGAGUGAGGCGACAAAUGCUAGAAAUAAGGCAAUGCAUAUGUUGGCAAGCAUGACAGGUUUGGCCACUUUGUAUGACUUCACAAGGAAAAUGCCUUACCAGACAAGUAUAGUAACCGAGUUUCUCAACAUAGACGAGGUAAAGAAAGCGUUAGGAGUGGAUGAAUCAAUCAUAUUUGAGGGUUGCAGUGGCAUUGUAAAUGCUGCAAUGCAUGAAGAUAUGAUGAAGAGUGUAAAGUACAUGGUGGAAUUUUUGGUGAAAAAGACCAGAGUGUUGUUGUACCAAGGAUUCUAUGAUGUAAGAUUUGGUGCAGUGUCAAAUGAGGCAUGGGUGAAAACAAUGAAAUGGGAGGGAAUUGAGAGGUUCUUGAUGGCUGACAGAAAGAUAUGGAGAGUGAGUGGUGAGCUUUCCGGGUAUGUGCAAAAAUGGGACAGUAAUUUGACCAAUGUUGUGGUCUUAGGGGCUGGACAUCUUAUGCCUGCUGACCAGGCAUUGAUUUCUCAGGCUAUGAUUGAGGAUUGGGUUUUGGAGAAUGGACUCUUUGUUGGAGAGCUGGUGAAUCUCUCAACAGAUUUCAGUGAGGCAAUGUGAAAAGUAUAAUUGUUGUUGUCCUUUAUUACAGCUGGUGUGUUGACAAUUGUAACAAAUGUUAUGAAUAAACUCCAUCCCUGUGGUGUGGGGUUUCUUGAUCCUGUUGAGUGUGGUUUUGAGAGACAGAAACUGAAAUUCCAUGUGAAACAAAUCCCAG